AUGGCGAGGCCACGAGGUUCCUCUGGUGCCAGUGACGAGAGCACGGGUACGUCCCACGAUCAGGAGCUAGGGAGCAUGUAUGAUUAUCUAGCCAAGAUUAUACUUCUUGGACCCAGUGGCACGGGAAAAUCCUGCCUAUUGCAUCGCUUCGUCAAAAACGAGUGGCGCGUUUUGUCGUCACAAACAAUCGGUGUCGAGUUCGCGAGCAAGAUUAUCAAGGUCGGAACGGGAGCGCGGAGGAAGCGAAUCAAGCUCCAACUAUGGGAUACUGCCGGCACGGAAAGGUUUCGAUCGGUUUCAAGAUCAUAUUACCGCGGAGCGGCUGGUGCCAUCUUGGUCUAUGACAUUACAUCACAUGCAUCCUUCCGGGGUAUUCAACCAUUUCUCAACGAUGCGCGGGCGCUUGCAUCACCAAAUUUGAGUCUGAUGCUUGUUGGGAACAAACUUGACCUUACUUCUGAGUCGUUGAUCGAUACAAGCUUGCCACCGCCAACACCCAGCAGUGUUGGUUCGACCUCUACAAUAACGGCCGGUGGUGCGAGUUCACUCUCAAUAUCUACCACGAGCACAACCGGAACAAUCACGGGAAGGGACUACGGCGGCUCCAUCGGCGCUGGUACGCAGCAACGAGCAACGAUUGCGCCUGACGGACGAGAAAUCAGCACCUCGGAAGCAACCCGAUGGGCGAGCACUGCUGGGAUCCCUGUAGUCACAGAGGUCAGUGCGUUGAAUGGAGAGGGCGUAGAAGAAGUGUUUGCCCGCCUCGCGCGAAUGAUAUUAACCAAGAUCGAGCUGGGGGACAUCGACCCCGACGAUCCCAUGAGCGGCAUACAAUACGGCGAUGGUGGUGGCUGGAACACGGCCAGUGACGGCGGCAGUAUUAAGAGCUCCAUGACCGGUGCCACAAUCGACGACAACAUAAGCGGCCUACGACGUCGCAAGCGGGGGAGGAACAGGAAUCAGAACUGGGGGUUAAGGGAGUGGGAGGAAGUGUUUACGCUAAGCAGUCGUAAUCGAAGAGGUGGAGGAUGCUGCUGA